AUGGUUGAAUACGACCCUCAAGAGCGCGAGCUUGUCAAGACACUCGAUAAGAAAUUGAUUCCAUUCUUGGCUGUGUUGUAUCUUAGUAUCUUGCUAGAUCGGUCUGUACAACUUAAUACUCGUCUUACAAACCCUACAACAAGAGCAGGUUUGGCAAAAGACCUUGACAUGAACAAUAGUGACUUUAGUUGGGCUUUGAUAUCAUUUAGUAUUGGAUCGAUUUUGUUUGCACUUCCAGCAACCCUUACGUUUAGAUUGAUAGGUUCAUCACGUUGGUUUGCAAUAUGUUUUUUUUCAUGGGGAUUGAUUGCUGCAACAACAGCAAGCACAUCCAAUUUUGCUGGAUUUUUAGUGACUCGCAUUUUUCUUGGAAUUGUUCAGGCUGGAUUUGUACCUUGCAUUCUACUAUAUGUAGUCUCAUUUUACACAAAGGAGGAGCUUGCAACACGAUUUUCGUAUAUUAUUUCAUCAGCAACCGCCGUAUCUUCUGCAUCUGGACUUAUUACACAUUAUCUAGCACGUGCAGAUGGUGUAAUGGGAUUGGCAGGAUGGCAGUGGACUUCUCGGAGUGACAAUGGGAUGCAUCACUUUGUACGGUUUAAAAUGUUGAUCAGAGAGCCAUAUUUAAAGAUUGAAGUUGGUUUAUCCACUUUUCCGGAAACAUGUCAUUUUCUAUCUACAGCCGACAGAGUACUGGCUGCUUCACGUGGUCGCGAUGGAGCCGAGGAUGAUACCAACCUAUUGAUUACAGGGAUUACCAAAAAAACCAAGGAACCCAUUUUCAAGUUUCAUAUGAUUCAGCUUUUAGAUAUUGUCAAAGAUCCGCGAUAUUGGCUGCUGGCAUUGAUUUUUUUUUUGGCGUCCGUCGCAUUGGAUUGCCUGAUCAUCCUUAGUCCUGAAGUUGUGGUAACAUCGUUUGAAUUUAAUCCAUCUGAUCUGAGAAAUGUCACUGGAGGCGAACUUGAUAUUAUUAUUUCAGAUAAUGACAAUGGUAACAUUCCAGCCAUUCUGUUGUCCACUGCACCGUAUCUUUUAGCAAGUGUUGUUGCAUUAGGAGUAUCUUUUCAUUCAGACAACAGCGGCGAGCGUGCGAUACACGGUGCAAUUCCACUGCUGACAUCUAGUGUUGGGUUUUUCUUUAUGGCCAUGCUACCACCCAAAUAUCCAGGAGCAGGGCCAGCACGGUAUUUUAUAGGAUUGAUUCCAGCGGCAGGAGGAUUGAUCACAGCUGUGCCAUCCAUCUUGUCUUAUGCAAUGGAAAAAGCACAAGGAGAUACAAGUAGAGCGACAGCAGCAGCACUAACUGUAGUAUUUGGUAAUUCCCUUGGGAUUGCACUUGCUGGACAGCCAGAUUUAUUUCGGAGUUCUGAAGCACCCACCUACCCAAUAGUAUGUGUGAUGUGUGCUGUAUCUACAGGACUGGCAGCAGCAUUGCUGCUGCUUGUGAAAUGGCUCAACCAGAGAGAAGAAGACAAUACAUGGGGAAAAGCGCCUGGACUCCGACGACUGCUAAACGAUGCGGAUGAAGCCAAAGCAUGGGAUGUGGAACUAUCGAAUCUAGACUUUUUAAAGACAGAGGGAGGAUAUGAUGCUGGAAUGGAUAGUCCAGAACCUCAUGAGCGAUGGAGUGAAGAUCAGCAGUUUGAGAGUCUAUAA